CGCCGUUAAAUAAUUGUGCUGCAGGUUGCUGCUGCUCAGUACCGGAUCGGGAUUGGCCAGCGAAUCAACAAUCAUGCAUUUCGGAGUGCUAGGCAGCGGCAUUAUUGGUCUCACCACCGCCCUGGAGCUGCAGGAGCAGUUUCCCUCGGCCCAGGUGUCCAUCAUUGCCGACCGCUUCAACGAGGACACAGUCAGCUAUGUGGCUGCGGGCAUCUUCCGACCGGGCACCAGUUUCAUGGGCCCCACCCAGGAAAUUACGCAGCAUUGGAUGACGGAUGCCUUCAACUACUGGGAUGAACUGCGUCGCUCCAAGGAGGCUCCUCUGGCAGGCGUGUGCCAGCUGUCGGGCUACAUCUACUCGCGCACCUCCCCCACCAUCGUGCGGAACCACUUCAUUGAGAAGCUUCUGCCCGUGUAUCGACGCGCCACGGAGGAGGAGCUGAAGCUGUGCCAGGGCGGAUGGAAGUACGGCUCCUUCUUCACCACCUGCUUGACGGAGAGUCGCCUCUUCCUGCCCUACGCCACGAGCAAAUUCCUCAAAAAUGGGGGACAAGUGGUACGCCAGCAUGUGACGAACUUCUUCGAUGUGCAGCAGAACUUUGAUGUCUUGGUGAACUGCACUGGCAUGGGAGCCAAGGAGCUGUGCAAUGAUCAGCACUUGGUGCCCAUUCGGGGUCAGGUGCUGAAGGUGCGGGCGCCGUGGAUUAAGACUGCCUUCUAUGGCGACUACGACACGUAUGUGCUGCCCGGCUUCGAGACGGUCACCUUGGGCGGCUGCCGGCAGUUCGACAGCUACAACACUGAGUGGUGCAAGUACGACAGCAUGGCCAUCAAGGAGCGCUGCUACGACCUCCUGCCGAGCCUCAAGAAGGCGGAAAUUGUCAGGGAGUGCGUCGGGCUUCGUCCCCACCGUGCGAUCGUUCGCGUGGAGCCAGAACUGCUCACCAAUGCGGAGGGAAGACGCCUGAAGGUGGUACACAACUAUGGCCACGGAGGCUACGGUGUGACCACAGCGCCUGGCACAGCCAAGUACGCUGUGAAGAUUGUACGCGAAAUGCUCGCUGGGAAUAGCAAGCUGUAGGGGGGCAGAGGUGUACUUGGGCUGCAUUGUUAUAUUUGUUGAUCAAUCAUUAAACUGUUUAUAAGCACAAUCAAAGCCA